UCCCUUUGAGAAGUCUGCAGGUUUGGAAAAGCACUACCUGCUCCUAGAAUCUUGGAUUUGAACCUCAUUCUGGACAGCGAAUGACAAGGAAGGAGUAGCUCUAUUCUACCCAGUUAAACACUAGAUAGAAUUUUUUAUAGCAGUGGAGUCAGUUCCUUGGAUUGGAUUCAAGGUUUUCGCUUUGGGGAGGAAUUGAGUCUGCUGCAGUAGGAAGGCAGAGACUUUCAAGUGAAGCCUGGUCUGUGUGUGCCCCAGGAACUAAGAUGAAGAUUGACUGACUCGUUCGCAAGUUCUCAGUCUCUGAGUGGGUGGAAUGUCCCCUCACCCCCACUCCCAGACUGCCUGGCUACACCCUUUACAGCCUGAAGUUUUGUCCCAGUCAUUCUACAACCAAGUAAACAGCCACCUGCUCACCACCCGGGAAGCUCACCAGUGAUCGGGCCUGUUUCUUGGCAUCCAGAAAAAGGAGAAGUUUCCUCACUGAAAGAAUCAAGGGUACAGACCCCACAUCUGCUUCAGCCAGCCAUCUUCCGUGAGGAGCCGACUGCCUGUGUCCUGGGACCCACCAGCAGUCCUUGGCCCCAGCAGAAUGUCCACAAAGGAUUUGAGUAGUUCUGUGUCUCCCUCCUCCUCACGGCCUAGUGUCACAGCAAAACUCAUCAAUGGAGGUGUGGCAGGGCUUGUUGGGGUCACGUGUGUGUUCCCCAUCGACUUGGCCAAGACUCGGCUGCAGAACCAGCAUGGAAAAGACAUCUACAAAGGAAUGAUAGACUGCCUGAUGAAAACUGCCAGGGCGGAUGGCUUCUUGGGGAUGUACCGAGGAGCUGCAGUGAACUUAACCUUGGUCACUCCAGAGAAGGCCAUCAAGCUGGCUGCCAAUGACUUCUUCCGGCAGCUGCUAAUGGAGGAUGGGAUGCAGCGGAAUCUGAAGAUGGAGAUGCUAGCUGGAUGCGGAGCUGGAAUAUGCCAGGUGGUGGUUACCUGUCCCAUGGAAAUGCUCAAGAUUCAGCUGCAGGAUGCUGGGCGCUUGGCAGCUCAUCGUCAGGGCUCAGCCUCAGCACCUUCCUCCUCCAGAUCCUACAGUACCGGUUCGGCUUCCACCCACAAGCGCCCGUCCGCCACCCUUAUCGCCUGGGAGCUACUCCGCACCCAGGGCCUGGCUGGUCUCUACAAGGGUCUGGGUGCCACUCUCCUCAGAGACAUCCCCUUCUCCAUCAUCUACUUUCCACUGUUCGCCAACCUUAACAACCUUGGGUUCAACGAGAGCACGGGGAAGGCUUCCUUUGCGCAUUCCUUCGUGUCAGGCUGUGUUGCAGGUUCUGUAGCCGCCGUCACAGUAACACCUCUGGACGUUUUGAAAACGCGAAUCCAAACCCUCAGAAAAGGCCUGGGCGAGGACAGCUACAACGGGAUCACUGACUGCGCCAGGAAACUCUGGAUUCAGGAGGGACCAUCUGCCCUCAUGAAGGGAGCAGGCUGCCGGGCCCUUGUCAUAGCCCCUCUCUUUGGGAUUGCCCAAGGGGUCUACUUCAUUGGUAUUGGGGAGCGGAUCUUAAAGUGUUUUGAGUAGAGAUAGCUGGAGCCCAAGUCCCCUGCCAUCUCUCUAGCCAUUUCAACUUCAGUUAGAUGGGGAUGAGCAAGAUGGCCCAUCCAGGUUGUAUUUUGUCCUCUUAACUUGUAGUGCUACCUCAAUCUCUGAAGAAACACUCUUAUUCUAAUAAGCAAGUUGGGUAAGGUCCCUUUCUCCCUUCACAUCUGCCUUCUUUUCUUUGGGGCUACAACUACCAGCGAGCUCCAGCAGCCCCUAACCACCUACUUUUCAACAAGACAAACAGGACUCGUGUGGGUUGGAUUAACUGCAGACCCUUAACACAUAAUAAAGAUAGGAGGUUCCUUACUACAUUUUCCUUUUCUACUUCACACUCAAACUCCAUACACUUGAGUCAGUUUGAGGAUUUAGUGUUAAUUCUGAAUUAAAUAACUUAUGGUUAGUUCUAGCACUGAUUUUGGGCAAGGGGAGGAUCAGAAGUUCAAGGGGACCAUGAAAGCCCUCAAAGUCAGCACAGAGUUGGAAACCAAGCAGAUCUUUUCAAAUAGUGAUGGCUGCAGGAUUAGGCUGACUAACCAAGCCACAGGGGCCAAGGCAGGACAGCUGCCCCACCCUCACCCGCACCCUGGCAGGUCCUCCCUCCAGGGCACAGCUCUCCCAUCCUGUCCAUGGAACAUGGUUUUAAAUAAAAUGGAUUCAGAUCUCAA